GCCAACAAAAGCACGAAAACGAAGUGGGUGGGGAGGGUGAAAGAUGAGGGGAAGGAAUACGUGAGAACCAACUUCGCCGGAAAGCCAAAAAAUAGACGAAGGAAAAUCUCCGUCUUUAAUGGCUGCCUCCUCAGCUAGGGUUUUUCUCGCAUCACUGAAGCCACGUCAGCAUCCACCCCCUCCUUUUACCCACCAACACCUCCUUAUCCGUCCGUUACUUCCUUCUUCUCUUUCCGUUUCCGCAAAACGCCGUUCUCCUAACGCCGUUAACUGUCUUAUUUCCGGAGUUGACGGCGGCGGUGUUUCCGACGACUUUGUUUCCACAAGGAAAACGGGAUUCGGGAGUGAAUUCUCCGUUAUAGCUAAUAUGCUAAAGCGAAUUGAACCGUUAGAUACUUCAGUUAUAUCUAAAGGUGUUUCGGAUUCAGCUAAGGACUCAAUGAAGCAAACGAUUUCUACUAUGUUAGGUUUGCUGCCUUCCGAUCAAUUUUCGGUCACUGUUCGGUUUUCUAAACGACCUCUCGAUCGCCUCAUUGUUUCUUCUAUUAUUACCGGGUAUACGUUGUGGAAUGCGGAGUACAGGAUAUCCUUGAUGAGGAAUUUUGAUAUCCCGUCGGAUAAUUUGAUUGGCGUCAACACGGAGGAGGAGAAUGUAACCUCGGGGUCAAAGAGCGAGAGGAUAGAGGGUGGAGAAACGGGAGUUGGUGAAAAUAUGUCUUCUGGGGAUUCAGAGAGAAUAGAUGUUCAAGCUCUUGAGAAUUUAUCUCCGGAAGCUCUGAGCUACAUUCAGCAAUUAGAAGAAGAGCUCUCGUCGGUCAAGCAGGAACUGCAUUCCCAGCAACAGGAAAAUUUGCAAGUAGAGCAUAUCAAUGAAUGUAACAAUGAUUUACUGGAAUACCUUCGGUCAUUGGAAUCUGACAUGGUGACUGAACUAUCUAGACCAUCAUCCAUUGAGGUGAAGGAAAUUAUUAAGGAACUUACUCAAAACAUAUUGCAAAGAUUUUUCAAAGAGGACGACAUUAUCAACGAAGAAGAUCCAAAUUUUAGUGAUGUCAAAAGCUGUCAAAGUAGUGACGCCGAAUUAUGCGACGCAAUAGGCACUUCUCGGGAUUACUUGGCAAAAUUACUUUUCUGGUGUAUGUUAUUGGGCCAUCAUUUGAGAGGAUUGGAGAACAGAUUGCAUCUAAGUUGUGUUGUUGGCUUGUUGUGAGGUUGGGAAGUACAAAGAGGGAUGUAUAUUCUGCUUCUCUUUUUUUUUUUUUUUAAUCUUUCUAGUUCAAUUAUUUCCUCUCAUUUCUAAAAGAAUAAUCCACAUAUCCUGUAAAACUUUGUUCUUGCAAUUCGUAAGGAAUUGUAUGGAAGGGUGUACUUUUGAGAAUGAUAAAUCCAUUUCUCAGAGCCUCUUUUCCUUGAUAGUGUAAAUUGAUCAAGUACAUUCAAAAUGA